AUCGGAUCGAGUUUUCUUCCAUUCAUCCCUAUGUUUUCUAUCAUUCAUCGCCUGUAGAUUCAUCCAAAUAUGUUGCGAGUAUAAUUUUCCAGACAUGGCGUCGUUUGAUGAGAGCUACGGGACGGCGGAAGGCGAUGGGGUCCACCUUCCCUCACACCCCUUCGACGACGACGACGCAUACAUUGGCUACGAUCCUCGAAAUCCGUCGGAACAGUACGAAUUCGACGGUCCCUCAAACGACGGCGGCGUCCCUCCUCCGCCACCGCCUCCUUCGCACGAUUACUUCGGCGGCGGCGUUAGCAAUGACGGCGGCGUGCAGUCGCCUGAGGCUUAUGGGUUUGCAUCCUCCGUAGAUCAGGAUUAUACGCGUUCGCCGUUUGAAGGCUCGCGGCCGCAGGAUUCUCCCAGGUCCGAUGUCCAAUCGAAGCCUCGCGACUCGGAGGGGCUCUUCAGCUCUGGCGGUAGCGGCGGCGGCGGGCCUCUGCUUCCGGAGCCUAGCCAGAUGGUGGAGGAAGGUGCCGCGUUUCGCGAGUGGCGCCGUCAAAAUGCUAUAUAUCUUGAGGAGAAAGAAAACAAGGAGAAGGAAAUGCGAAAUCAGAUUAUCCAAGAAGCCAAUGAAUACAUCCGAGCAUUUUAUGAAAAAAGGACCCAAAAUUGUGAGACCAACAAGGCUCAAAAUCGAGAAAGAGAGAAGUUGUACCUGGCCAACCAAGAGAAGUUCCACAAAGAAGCGGAUAAACACUACUGGAAGGUAAUUGCGGAGCUAGUACCUCGCGAGGUUGCCAAUAUUGAGAAAAGGGGAAGAAAGAAGGAAGAGGAAAGGAAACCCGGAAUCACAGUCAUUCAAGGUCCAAAACCAGGGAAACCAGCGGACCUAUCAAGAAUGCGUCAAGUUCUUCAGAAGCUGAAGGUGAAGCCCCCACCACAUAUGAUGCCUCCCCCUCCCACAAAGGACUCGAAGGAUGGUGGCAAGGAAACAAAGGACCCAAAAGGUGAGGGUAAGGAAGCUAAGGGGGGUAGCAAUGAGGCAAAAGACAUGAAAAAGGAUGAGAAGAAGGAUUCUACACCAAAGACAGGUAAAGAUGUUACACAUGGAGACGAGCCGGUUUCGUCUAGUAAGGAUGAUGGAACUGGUGCAAUAACUGAAUCCCCUAAAACCGAUAUACCACCUGGUUCAGGUGAAGGUGAAAAGGAAAUGGUCACUGAUUCUUCAGCCUCUUCUGCAUAGGCAGGCAGAGUGAUAUUUUUUUGUUUCUUUAAAAAUACCUUUUUUAGACACUCAACUAUUAUCUUCUCUUUGAAGUAUUUCAUUCAUUCUUUGUUCCUAGCAUUACAAGUAGCUAGGUUGAGAAAUAAGAUCUUUGCAAUUGCUUUUUCAGUUUGUAAGAGACUAUCAAUUUGUUUGAAUGGAGAGGGAUAAAGUUAGGGAGACAUA